AGUGUGUUUGUGUACUGUGUUAGUGUAGUGUAUCCAGAAUCCACAUGACUGACCACAUUUCUACUAUUUCCACUAUUCCAUCGUUUUGUGAGUGCGCUUUUUGUACGAUGUAAAAAUCAAUACUUUUACAAUUUUCACGGUUAUGGUAACUUACUAUUCUCCUUAUUUUGAAUGUGGUCGUAACGAGCAAUGUUGAAAGCUGUUGGCUUUAUGAAUAUUUUUACGCUUAGUCUUUUUAAUAAACAGAGCCAGCUUGAAUAAUUACAACGAUGGAAUCUCAAAACACCGAGUCUAUGGAUAUAUCAGAUCAAGAUGAUACAUUUAUUGAAAAUGGUAUGUCUAAAAAAGUUGAUAAAAAUAACGUAAAACGUAAAAAACGUAGAAAGUGUUUACGUGACAAAACAGCUCCAAGACCUCCACAUUCUGGGUACAUACGAUUUUUAAAUGAUAGACGUGAACAAUUUCGUUCAGAAAAUCCCAAUUUACCAUUUGCUGAAAUAACCAAAGUAUUAGCUACUGAAUGGAAUCAGUUGACGGCCGAUAAAAAACAACAUUAUCUCUUAGCCGCUGAACAAGAACGAGUUAAAUAUGUUGAAGAAUUAGCAGCUUAUAAAAAGACUGAUGCAUACAAAAAUUUUAUUCAACGCAAAUUGAAAAAAAAAAAAGUUAAUACCCAUAACCAAGAAGAUCAAGAAUUAAAAAAAGAAAAGCCAUCAAGUGAUAACAAAUUAAAAAAGGAACAAGAAAUAAAAAAAGAAAGACCAUCUAGUGAUAACAAAUUUAAAAAGGAUCAAGAAAUAAAAAAUGAUAAGCCAGCUAUUGAUAAUAUUAAUACAGUUUAUGACAUACCUAUAUAUUCUGAUGAUUUCUUAAACUUCAAUAAAGGUAGAGACAGUGAACUUCGAUACCUUCGUAAAAAGGUAACAGAUCAAGGACAAGAAGUAUCUGUCUUAGAUAAACAUAUUGAAAAUAUGCAAAAUGGUAUUAACAAUUUAAUGGCUAACACUGAAAAACUUAAAGCUGGAUGUUCAAAGUAUGAACAAUAUUUAAUUAAAUUACGAUCUCUACUUCUAGAUGCUUUUGCUAACAUUGCGUUCCCAGAUACCACUGAGCCACCUACUAAUGAAAAUAUCGACACAUUUAUGGUUAAUUUAGUCACACUUCUAUCAAAUGAUAAUGCUACUGAGCCUUCCUGGAUUGCAAAUGUAAAACAAAUUAUUUCUAAUUUGGAUUUUUCACAAUGUUAAAACAAAUUAUAUUUUAAUAUAUUAAACUAUAAUUCAUUAAUUAUCCAAUUAUAUUACAAAUUGUCAACAUUU